AUGGCCGAGGGAUUAACUCUUCGUGGAACUUUAAAAGGACACAAUGGCUGGGUAACCCAAAUUGCCACUAAUCCGCAAGAUCCAGACAGGAUUUUGUCCGGUUCUCGGGGUACGUAUGAGAAUACGUAAGAGAGAUGAACUUAGAAUUUUCUUAAACUUAGUUUAGUGUGCUUCCUGAUAGUUUUGUUUUAGAGUCCCAGAGAAGGACCAAUAAUUUUUAUUCCCCAGAUGUUCACUACAAAUAUUUUAACAACAGAAUUCGAUUGAUAAUACAAACUGCAUACACAUCCUCAGCUGUUUAUGUUUGGUACUGCCUGCAGUAUUGCAUGAUGAGUAGACCCUUGUAUCGCUUCACAUCUUGUGCCACUGUUACUAGUUAAACAGUAUGUUUUAACCCCGCCGAUUAUUUGUAUCUCGUUGAGUAACAGUAAAAAACUAUUCUGUUUACGCUUUGUUCUUUAAAGCGUUGCGACAAGUUUGGUAUUCUGAAAUUGCGGGAACACCAAUUUUGGUCCAACAUAUCAGUAAUUUAUUGGUCUGUUCCAUUGUGGUUGGAAAUACACCGGAUCUGGAUCGUCGCAAUACCUGUCAUUAUGUUAAAAUUUGUUUAGGGAGUUGAGACGAGCCUAGGAAAUCAUUUCUGGUGUGAUGAGGAAUGAUCUGUGUGACUGGGCGAUCACAAUGACGUGAAUACAAACAAGGUCUAUGUACACUAUAUAUGGGCUGGUUUUCAGAUAAUCAUCAGUAUCAUGUUGGUUGUCCCAAAAUUCUUUUCUUUUUUUUUAGGUUUUUGCAAAAUAUUUCUAAUUGUUUAUCAAUUUUAGUACAUUAUUAUUACAUUUUUUUGGAGAUUUACAGUCAAACCUGGAAAAUUUUCUGGAAUGGUUAAUAUUGUGUUGCAAGAAAAAGCCAGUCAGGCAUGAGAAAACUAAAUCCCAAGCAAAAACAUUAAUUAGUUUGUGGUUUUGUGGUUAGUUCACCUGUCCUGAUCGUUGCUGUGAUUGGUCAUAAAAUAAUAAACAUUCCUGAGGUAUUUCAAGUGUUCAUGGUUUUGCCGGUUUGACUGCAAUUGUUUCAUUGUGUCUUUGAGUCUUCAUAUUUUAGCUUUAUAGCCAUAAUGUAGUUUUUCUGGUUCAGUUUUAUCCUUGGUUUAAAUUUUAUCUCCCUUUGUUUUAAACUCAUUAACACAUAACCAUACCCAAAAACAAAGGGAAAUGAAAUUUAAACCAAGGAUGAAAUAAAAAAUUGAACCUCAACAUAUAUAGAGGAUGUUACAUGACCGCAUGGAGAUAUGGAAUAUUUUUCAACACGAGAAGAGAAAUUUCAUAUCUCUAAGCAACCAUGUAAUGUUCUAUUUAUCAUAUAAACACCAAUGAAAUGCCAAACCAUUUCACAUAAAUAUUUUUUUGCUGCGAAAGGUACGAUUUAUUAUGCAGCCAUAUUUUCACAUGUGAAGAUAUCAUGUUUUCUCACGAAAGCUCACAUGGUUUUUCAUUGGUGUUUAUAUAAUAAAUAGCCAUUUUCCAACAUUUUUAGUUGUUUCAGCCAUACAUUAAAUAAAUGAUCCUUGUUACCAAGGCAAACACUGAGAUUAAACUGCACAAUUGAUAUGUGACUUUUCAGAUAAAACACUCAUUGUGUGGAAACUAACUCGUGAUGAGACUAGCUAUGGUGUAGCUGAGAAGUCUCUUACUGGCCACAAUCAUUUCAUUUCUGAUGUUGUCAUGUCCUCUGAUGGUCAAUUUGCCCUCUCUGGCUCUUGGGACAAAACUCUCAGACUUUGGGACCUGAAUGCGUAAGCUAUGGGAUUUUUAUUGACAGAUAAUGUAAGAUUUGUACCUUCCUAGAGGUGGUUGUACAUUUUCAGAUCACAAGCUAUGAGCCAGCAAGAGAUCAUAAAUUUAGGCAAAGACCACCAAAUUUAAGGAACAGUUAUAAUAACAAUUAAGGCCUCGGUAUAACGAAUGAUACUCACAACACUCCAGUAAUAUUAAAAUGUAUAGAAAAGAACCUUGAUAUAAAGAAAGCCUUGGCAGAGAUAUAUUGCCAAUCCCUUGGCCAUGAAUACAUUGAGGUUCUACUGUACAGAGCUAAAUUGUUGGCUGGUCUGUUUUCAUCCAUGAUUAUGCAAUGGGAAAUCAAAGUUUUUAAACCCUUUUAAAGAAAAAUAUAGUCAUUUUCCCAUGAUGGACCACCCAAAAAACAAAGGUUAAGUGGUCACUUACAGGAGGUCCAGGGUACCCAUCCUUACGAGAAUUAAACCACAUGGGGACUCUUCCGAGAAGAGGUCCCCAUACAUCUACUCUUUUGGACAGAAUUUAUUGCAUGCAAUUUCUGAGUUACCUAGGUGUAGUUUCAUGUUGUCACUAAAAGUUCUUCAUAUGUUCUGAGUAGUGUAGUACAUUUAGCGAACUAAGAGGUCAGACCAUGUGUAAAGUGGCCGCUUACAGAGGGUUGAAAACAGUGGAAAAUUAUAAAACCAUCACCCCAAAAGGUGGUUGCAGUCGCUUGCAAGAGGUUCCAACUACAGGGCUUUAACUGAAAAAUUUGGUGUUUUGGAUCUGUGGUUGCUUAUGGGAGGUGGUCGCUUGUGAGAGUUGGUCACACAUGGAGGUUCGACUGUACAUCAAUGACUAAAUUUUGACAAACUCCCACAAGCAACUGUUAGCCAGGCAAAGCUGAUUUCUUGUGUUACUCUUGCCCCCGUUCAUAACUAAAAGCUAUUCCAAACUUUUGAUUAUGUUACCAGUGGAAGAAAAUUUUAAUGUUGUAGUAUUAAAGUCAUUCUUUGUCCAACCUUUUUCAUUUAAACAGUGGGACCACCACCCGUCGGUUUAUUGGUCACACCAAAGAUGUAUUGAGUGUGGCAUUUUCUGCUGACAACCGUCAGAUCGUGUCAGGAUCACGCGACAAGACCAUCAAGCUGUGGAAUACUCUAGGGGUUUGCAAGUAUACCAUUCAGGUACUUCAUUGAAUAUCAAAAAUGUUAUUUCUUCAACAAACCUUAAGUCCUUGAAAGGCCCUCUAAAUAAAUUUCAGAUUUCAAGAGCACUUGAAAAGCCAUUGAAAAGGUCAAUUUCAGCUGAAAGUGCUUGAAAACUCCUUGAGUUUUUGUUGGGGUGGAAAAGAAUAUGUAUUAUGACUUAGUAAUUCAAAGGUAAAUCACAAAUGUGAAAAUUGGGAAGGAUAAUUUUUGGGAAAAUGUAUCUCAGCCUGUGCUAAACACUCCUUGACAGACUGGCUUUUUUGCUUUAAUAUCCUUAAAAACUCCAUGAAUUUUAUGUCUAAACAUUACACUACACUACACUUGCAGUACAUCUUGGCAUAUAAACGCCAAAUAAAUUACCAAAUUUGUGAAUUUCACUGGAAUUUCAGUUGCCAAAGUUUUUCUACCCACCAUGGUGACCAAAAUCAGAGAACUUAAACCACUGAAUACAGUGCAACCCCUUUAAUGCGACCAUUGUUGGCCCAUAAAGUCCUUGUCGUAAUAACGAGAUGGUCGUAUUAACAGGAUCUUUAAAAUAAUAAAAUGACCAGUGUUUCUUCAAUUGGGGAUGGUGAUAAGGCAGGGAUCCACUGUACCUUCAACCAUUGACAAUAAACAAAUUCCUUGACUCUAAUGAUGACAGCGGGGGUUGUCAAAAAGUAGACAUGGUGGCCAAUAGUCCUUCUCAAGACUACAUUACCCCAGACACUCAUAUUCAAACUGCUCUUGUCUUUUGUCCACCAACAGGAUGAGGGACACACUGAGUGGGUGUCCUGUGUAAGGUUCUCUCCAAACUCCAGCAAUCCCAUCAUUGUAUCUGCUGGAUGGGACAGAAUUGUCAAGGUACUGCUCAUUUUGUAUUGACGUUGGGAACCCAGUGUGUCUAAAGUCUGGUAAUCUUUCUGGGCUUGAAGACAAUUUUAACAUUACCAGUAGUUAUUGUUAAACCUUCUCUUUUACAGACAGUUCUUUAACAGACACCCCACAUUACAGUUACUCCGAAGUACUGGAGCAAAAUCAUUCAAUUUUUCAGCAGAGUCUUGCUUGACUAACAAGGAUUGUGCAUUGCAUCUUUUUCACUAUCAAAGUAUGGAUAGACUAACAAUGACAACACAAUGACCCUGAAUGAGCAUUCUGACAUUGUAUUAAAGAUUUGAAAGAGCGAUAUGGAGUUCUAGAUAACCUAGAUGUAUCAAUGGAUGGAGUAGAUAUUCUGCUGUUCAUAAACUCUCUUAAUAUUUUACCAGAAGCAUAUCAGUUUUGUAGUAGCCUGCGAGAGCAUCCGCUUUUUUCAGCUGAGGUGGCGAUGAGUCACUUGAGUUGCAUUCUGUCUUUUGAUCUGAUUAGCGAACAGCAGAUGUUAUUUUUCGGAGGGAGAUAAGCGACGACCGUAAAUACGUUUGCGGUUCGCAGGCUAGUUUUGUGGGGACUGUUACAAAAAUAAAAAUAAACUCUCUCUCUUUUAAACACCUCCUAUCUAUUAAACUCCCCCUCUUUAACCCCUAUAUUUAAUGGCGUCUAUUCGAUCAUUUAAAGUAACUCAAUUUAUUCAACAGCUAAAUAUAAGCUUUACUCUUGCGGCUCAACAGGUGUGGAACCUAACAAACUGCCGUCUCAAGACCAAUCACAUGGGCCACUCUGGAUAUCUGAAUUGCGUGACUGUCUCUCCUGAUGGUUCACUGUGUGCUUCAGGUGGCAAGGAUGGCCAGGCUAUGUUGUGGGACUUGAAUGAGGGAAAGCACUUGUACACCCUUGAGGGAGGUGAUAUUAUUAAUUCAAUGUGCUUCAGCCCCAACAGAUACUGGCUGUGUGCUGCAGUAGGACCGUCCAUUAAGAUAUGGGUAUGUACAGCAUUUGGUUUCAUGGAUUGUCCCCGUACCCCACACCCUUAACUGUUUAAGUUAAAUUUCACAAAGACUCCUGGGACUGUUACUAGUACAGGAGAAAAAUUGGCCAAGGAUGGAUUUAGGGGUAGGCCCCCUGGGCCCCCUUUUGUCAGGGAAUUUUUUUUCUUUUGUAAACGUGUGUUGCAUGGUACUUAGAGCUUUGUUACUGAAAUAUAUUUUCUUUAAUAAACAUUGUUAAUAAGAAAAUUUAUCGAACGUCGCUUCAGCCCUAAACUUUAAAAAAAGUCCUUCAUCGGGGCCAAAUAAGGCUCGCUCUGCUCGCCAAGAGGUCAACUUGAAGCAAGUCUACUUCAGCCCUUAAAGUGUUAAUUACUUCUUUGACGACAACCACACUUUUGGUUUAUUAAUUAUUUCAACAUGACAUGUUCAACAUGGAAUCCAGCCAUUUGCUAAAUUUUUAAAAGCGUUCAGAAUGCACGAGAUUGCAUCUCCGGGAACUUCAAUCUCAAAAAUGUCCCAGAGGAGCAUACGCCUGAAACUCCCUAAAAAGUGCGCCCUCAAUAGUCCUGAUGGGCACUAUCGUGCCUAUGUUGCCUCUGUAUAUUAUAUCUCUAGGCCCCAUCUAUCCUCCGUCCGCCCGUGUUGGCCGUUAACUGACCGACAAGUCCCCAGUAAAGAUCCUAGGAGCAGUUGCAAGACACAUUUUGGCUCCAGUUUGAAAGGUGACUACUUUGUUAUUAUUCUGUCCUAGGAUCUGGAGGUCAAGUCGGUUGUGGAUGAACUAAAACCUGACGUCAUCAACAUGGGAGGCAAAGCUCCAGCUGCUGACUGUAUCUCUUUAGCCUGGUCAGCGGAUGGUCAGACACUGUUUGCAGGCUACAGUGAUAACGUGAUCCGCGUGUGGCAAGUUACUCGAGUUUAAAACUAUAAUACCUGUUUGGCACCAGAGGAAUUUUACAUUAAU